AUGGUAGCAUGUUACCCUGGCAACAACACCAAGUAUGUGAAGCACAUUGAUAACCCUAACGCAGAUGGACGUUGUAUUACAUGUAUAUACUACCUCAAUAAGGACUGGGAUACAAAGAAGCACGGGGGUCGUCUUCAGAUAUAUCCUACCACUCAGAACAUUGUAGCCAACAUAGAUCCUAUCUUCAACAGACUCAUCUUUUUCUGGUCCGACAAACGCAAUCCACAUGAAGUGCUUCCAGCAAGAGCCACAAGGUAUGCUAUCACUGUGUGGUUCUUUGAUGCAGUAGAGAGAGCCAAAGCUAAAGCAGGUGGAAUGGAUACCUGACAGACAGCCAAAAAUGGUAAGUAUGAAAUGAAACUAAUAUUGUAAAACUAAAUCCCCUAAAAAGUUUGGCACUGCAUGGUCAAUUUUAUUAAUUAAUUAUACUCUCGUAAAUCCUUAGAUUGAAAUAGAUAGCAAUCUGGGACCAGUUCAAAGUUGGAUUGAAGUUUUCAAUCUUAUUUUAUUGAAACUUUCAAUCCAAUUUUGGAUUGGUUCCUGACCACAAUCUAUUUUGAUUGACUUUCAAUCUACGGCAUUUAUGUCGUAAAACCUGAAAAUUUGUAUGAUAAUAUUGUUAUGAAGCAAAAUCAUGUUCUAUUUCUUUAGUUUUUUUACUUUACAUAAAAAUUUACUAAAUUUGGUGCCUGAUUAAAAUCAAAAUAUAGGCCUACAGAUAUUUUUUUCUCUUUUGAUUAUGAACCAUUCCUCAAGUAUGGAAUGGACUGAAAAUUUCAGUAUAAUAUACUAUAUCAUAUGGAAAUACUAAAUGGUCUUUUAGUCUUUUUUAGAUAGGUGGAAAUAAGUGGUUGAAGGAUACUUAUUAGUAAUAAUUUUGAAAUAUAAAAAUUCAAAAUUUCACCAAGAAUCAUUAGAUAAUAAAGAUUAAAAAUAUCAAUGAAAUGCCAUUUUCACAAAAAAAAAUUGUAAAUAGUUUUUAUUGUACCUUCAGUAUAUCAAAAGACAAAUUAUUCAAGUCAUCAUGAACCAUUAGAAAUUGAAAAUCAUGAUUUUAAUACUAUAUAAAACAUGGGGCAUCUGCUCGUUUUUGAUGUCACAAAUAAAAAUUUCAGAUUCUAAUAACUUUCUUAAUCUUUGAUGGAUUUUCCUCAAACCUUCACAAAUAUUUUUUUUUUUUUCCUGUUAUUGUUGCAAUAAACUUUUGGUCAGGGUGAACAUCCCCUUGAAGUAUUUAACAGUAUAGGGCAAUCCACACUAAGCCUACUGUGCAUUGAUACAAGCAUGACUAUAAACAUGUUGAUAGUUCAUUGACCUCCAUAACUUGCCAUGCCUCCAUUUGUCAGUUGUUGACUGACAUGGCAGCUUCAUCAUCCGAAAACACUCCAAGAAUUCUCUCUUCUUUCUUUGUUAUGUUGUAUACACACAGGCAAAGCAAUCAAGUUGUCUGCAGGCGCAGACCCUUGGGUUUCGCAAUUCACAUACUGCAUAAUGCAAAGUCUUAAGUAGUGAGACUAGAUUCACUAUGUGCACUGUGGCUGGCUCUACUUACUUGACACAGACAGAGUCUUUAGAGUCUAGCCUUCACUCUAGACCAGGGCUCCGUCUUACAAAGAGUUACGAUUGAUGCGAUCAGUCGCAACUAUGGACCGCUAGCAUUACAACAUCUAUUAGGCAUGUUUGUUCAAAAUAUUUUCAAGCUAUGAUGUAUAUUCAUGCAUUCAUUGUUUUCUUGAAAAUUCACUGUGCUUCUCUUUGCAUUCAAAGGACAUUGUGAAAAAAUUUUGUUCAAAAAAUUAUGAUUUCCAUAGUUACAAUUGAUUGGAUCAAUCGUUUCAAUCGUAACUCUUUGUAAGACGGGGCCCUGUUAUUGGUUGAAGUUUCAAAUAUGAGUCUCUGCUUUCAGACUAGCAAUCAAGGGCUUCUUGGUAUCGUCUCCCAUGCAUAGUAGUGUGCAGCCAUUUGAUUGAAAGGUGGACUCGAUGUAAUGAGAAAUGUAAAAUCAGGCAGUUGACUUUUCCAUUCAGUCAGGGGCGUGUCCAGGAUUUACCAAAACAGGGGGUCCCCUACUUAUGAAGGAAAGAAAAGUGACAAGGAAACAAGGUAAAUUGCCAGUUCGUCUACUGCCAACUCGUCCACUCACCACAUGGUCUACUUUCAUUUAGUCUAAUGCCAUUCCGUCCAACAUUUUGUCUAACAACAAUUUGGUCCAAUCAUCACUUCGUCUAAUCACCAAUUCGUCUAUUACCAUUUCGUCUAAUAACCAGUUGGUCUAAUACCCAUAUUCUUUUCAUUCAUUUAGCAAAAUUAACACUUUAGUUUAAUUAGACCAAAUGGUAUAUGGACUAAAUUGCUAUUGGACCAACUGGUUAUUAGACAGAAUGGCAUUAGACUAAAUGAAAGUAGACCAUGUGGUGAGUAGA